AUCAAGAGAAGAAGAAGCGUCCUCUGAGCGGCGUCCAGCUGCUGUCCUCCAUCCCGUUCCGGUCCCUCCUGUCCCCGUCCUACUUCCACAGCUUCGCCAUGACCGAGCGCCACUUCGUGUUCGUGGAGCAGCCGUUCAAGCUCGACCUCGUCAAGCUCGCCACGGCGUACGCCCGCGGCGUCACGCUGGGCAGCUGCCUGCGCUUCGACAAGGACGACAUCACCUUGUUCCACGUCAUCAGCAGAGAGACGGGGAAGGCCGUGUCCACGCGUUUCUACGGCGACGCCCUGGUGGUGUUCCACCACGUCAACGCGUACGAGGAAGACGGCCACGUGGUCGUGGACCUCGUCAGCUACGAGGACUGCAACCUGUACGACAUGUUCUACCUGGAGAACCUCCGGACGGACGCCUUCGCCCACGCCCACCGCCGCUUCUCUCCGCCCGUCUGCCAGCGCUUCGUGCUGCCGCUCGCCGCACACACG